AUGAAAUUCCUUAUUGCUACUAUUCUUUUAUUUAUUGCUACUGUUUUUGGUGUUGACACAGUUGGUUUUAUGGUUAUACUGGAUGAUGAAUACUAUGGUGAAAUGGCUUGUUUACCACAUGAAGAAAUUCAAAAAGCUUUCUUAUAUCUCUGUGGAGAUUUUAAUUUCAAAUCAUUUCUUCUUCCAGUUCUUGAUGAAAGUACUGGAUUAACAGUACUUGCAUCAACUCAAGAUCCAACAAAAUUUGUCAAUAUUGAUUCGGAUGGUUAUCUUACAUUAGCUGAUACUGGUUAUGGGUUUAAUGAAACUUUUGAACAUCCAAAUUUAGAUAAAAUGACUAUCGCUGGUACCGAUACUUUUCAUAUUGUUCAUUUGGAUGGUUCUGGAGAUGAUGAAACUUUUAAAAUUAAAAUUACUGGUGAUAUUCCAGAAGGUAGUACUCCAAUUAAUCUUGGUGCAAUUGGUGUUCAAACUAUCAUCAAAAGAACUAAGAUUGGUAAAGAAGUACACUUUAAUAAAUUCUUCAAAGCUAAAUAA